AGUCGGCAGUGGAGGAUGCGGCGGGGUCUCGGGGAGUCACAGCAGGGGCCUUGGACCCGAGUGCUUCUGCCGGGCGCCCGAGCCGACAAACACGCACUCACAGCCCGACCCCUCUUUGUUCCCGGCUCGACUUUCUCAGCCUGGCGCUCUCGCUCGCCGCGCUCCACGCCGCCGCCGGGCCGCUCUGUCAAGGCAAAGAGCUGCACCCUUCGGGUUCGCCUGGCCGAGGGGAGGGGGGGGUGCCCCGAGCCUGGCCGCGUUCGAGGCUCCGGGCGCGUCCCGGGCCCUCGGACCGAGAGUGCAGUGCUGAGCCCAGGUCCCUCCUCCGCACCCGGCCCCGCAGAGCCUGUAGGACGAGUCCUAGUUGUGUGUGUGCGUGUGUGUGUGUGUGUCGGCGCGUGUGUGUGUCUGCGCGCGCGCGAGCGAGUGCGCGCGCGCCUAAAGGAUCUAGAAAGUCGCUGAGAGGAGGAAGGACCCGGCGCUUCCUGUAACCCACGGAGAAGCACCCUUUGCCCGCGUGAAAUUGACAAGAAACUCUGCCAGAACGGUUUAACUUCAUCAUCUAAGUAUCUUUUCUCUUGUACCCCCUGCACCUUCCUCUGCCAGUCUCGCCCGCCCCCCCCCCUUCCCGCCUCCUUCUCCCUCCCUCCCCUUGGCAGGGCAAAGAAGAUGAAAGAGAAGCCGCCGCAGCUGUGAUCGACACCACAUUGAUAGAUGCUCUGACAGAGCGGAUGAGGCGGGAAUUGGGGACAGAGAGAAGGAAAAGGGGAAAAUAUAACAGAGAUUGCCCAACUAAGAAAACGGAAACAAGGACAAGGAAGAGAGUUGUGACUUUCCUAAACUAUAAUGUCAAAGGACAAGGGAGCACAUGUUAGCAAAAAUUAAAUCUCCGGUCUUAACCGAGAAAAAUAGGACAAAGAAGAAAAAACUGAAGACUGGAUGUUAAUUAUCGCCUUUUAAAACAAGAUCUCUUUCUGUGCAUCCUCACCGUGAGAUGUACAGAGAGAGUUGCGCUAGGUCUCUCUUGGAUUUCAGGAGAUACACGCUACAACGUAUGGGAACCUCGCAGAGCAUGGAAGAUCAACCCAAGGAGGGGGAAGGCAAAGGGACCCAGGAGAGGGAUGCCAGUAGAGAGAGGGAGGGAGGACUGGGCAGUCUCUGGCACCUCGGACUGCGCACUCAAAGGGACCCUUGAAGAUGCAAAUCCGAAAUCCAACCUCAAAAAUUCCCCAGGCACCACCAUCUCUUUGAUGCAUUUUGUACAAGGACAGGACUUUUAAGGAGAUGCUUUGUGAAAGUUACAGUAUAAGCGAAGCUGAAGUUUGAAAACACAUUACAUUUUGUUCCUUGGCUCUCAAACCCCCUCAGUUAAAAAUCCAGGCAAAAUUAUUAUACCUAAUACACUAGCCAUCUGUAAAACCUCAGAACAGUAAACAAGAGGCAGGAAGAAAUGUGUCUCCAUCUACCUUAAAUUGAAAAUAAGGAAAACUCUACAGAAUCAGACGUUAGCUCUAUUUUAUAGGAAUAGUCAUGCAAAGGUCCCUCUUUUCCUAAGGAGAAAAUUGCAUGCUGCUGGGCAUUAUAUAUAAGUAAAGACCUUAACAGUGCUCCAAAAGAGCACUUAAAACUUUGCCCCAGGAUGGGAAAUUUACUAAAAAGCAAUUUUAAAUACUAUCAAAGGGUUCUAUUGGUCAUAUACAGCAUGGUCAGUUGUCACACAUAUUCUAUUUGGGGGAUUGGGGCAAAAUUAGGGAGCUAGUGAUGGAAGGCAGGAAGAGUAAAACAUUAAACACACUCUAAAUAGCUGACAAUGCAAAGCCUUAAAGAAGAAAAGAAUAUUCUACUACAAUAUGUCUGUAAGACAAUAGUAAAAAAAGAUUGGAAAGAAACCAUUUUUUUUAAUUGAUGGCGGUAGUCAACUUCCCUUGAAGUCAUGCACCAAUGCGAGUGUAAAGUACCGGUGAUGUGAACAUGUAGCUAUGUCAGACAUUAAUACCCUCUGUUCUAAAAGAAAUAUGGGAAAGCAAAGUCAAAAGUCCUCCCAAUACAUGUGCCAAUUUGGCUGGUAGGAAAAGAGCUGGGAAAUGCAGUUUCACCAAAGUAGCCAGAGUGAGGGUUCCUUUUCAUCAAAAUAUUGAGAGGGCGUGGAAUUGGGGCGGGGGCACACAGAAUGGCCA